AUGCUCGGUGCCUUGUGUGAGAAAAUGGAAGACCCUCUAUCAUGUUGGAAGCCCGAUGAUGCCUCAAGUAUAUUCUCUUCGACAUUCGCGCCGAACGACCACGCUCACACCCCUCAAAUGAGUGUCAUGAACACCGCCCGAAUUGAAAUCAACAAUCAGAAAUCUCAAGAAUUAGGUGGAAUCCUCCAAGGCCUCCUCGAGGUUAUGUGGAGCAGAACCACAAACCAAAAGUAUGAGAUUGACGCCCAGUUAAUCCGUACAGUGCGACUUCCUCAACAUGAGGAUAUGUUUAGUGCGCUUCUUAGAGAUAAAACCGUUCAGAAGUUCAGAGAAGCGAGAAAGAAAACCCGUUAUUUCAUGAUUACUGGGUAUAAAUCAUGUGUCAACGGACUCAUCACGCGAGAUAGAAGCAAGAGCUUUGGGCCGGAAAUUGAAAUUGACGUACCAUUCGAGCUUUUGCUCACUUCCCUUGGGGUUCCUGUGCCUCCAGGUCUCCUUCCACAAGUCGGGGUUAAAAAUAUCUGGACAACUACGGUGGAGAACUUCAGUAAGUACCUCGUUCGUGGGGAAUUCAUAUUUGCAUUUGAAUAUCGUGAAAUAUUACGAUUUUCAAGGGUCGUAAGCAUGUUGAGCGAUAGGAAGCAAGAAAAAGAACAAAGGAAGAUACUGGCUGGAACUUAUGGACAUUCGGAGGGCAAAGCCACUUAUGGACCUGGGGAAAAUUUGCCGGAUAUUUAUCUAGAUUUACCCAUUCCCGCGCCCAGGGAAUAUUGUUUGGAAUCUAUUGAGAUUGAUGAUGAAGAUGAAGAUGAUCCUGAGAUCCUUGGGAUGGAGGUGGAUCCUACGGCGAAGGCGCCAUUUAAUACUUCGUGGAUCUUUAUUGAAUAA